UAUGCCAUGUCGUCCCCUGGCUCGUCGUUUGUGCAGAUAAAGCACGAGGACCUGCUCUACUAUGAGAACUGUGGAGGAGGCAGCUUUGGGAGCGUCUACAGGGCAUUAUGGAUAUCCCAGGACAAGGAAGUGGCGGUGAAGAAGCUUCUAAAGAUUGAUAAAGAGGCGGAGAUUCUCAGUGUCCUGAGUCAUAAGAACAUCAUUCAGUUUUAUGGAGCCGUGCUGGAAUCUCCCAACUACGGAAUAGUUACAGAAUAUGCCAGCGGAGGGUCUCUGUAUGAGUACCUGUCCAGUGAGCAGAGUGAAGAGAUGGACAUGGAGCAGAUUAUGAUGUGGGCCAUACAGAUGGCAAAAGGAAUGCACUACCUCCAUGCCGAGGCCCCCAUCAAAGUCAUCCACAGAGACCUUAAGUCACGCAAUGUUGUCAUGACUGCAGACAAAGUACUCAAAAUUUGUGACUUUGGCGCAUCAAAGUUUUUGUCCCACACAACCCACAUGACUGUGGUGGGCACCUUUCCCUGGAUGGCUCCUGAGGUCAUUCAGAGCCUGCCUGUCUCGGAAACCUGUGACACAUACUCCUAUGGCGUGGUGUUGUGGGAGAUGCUGACCCGAGAAGUACCUUUCAAGGGCUUUGAAGGACUUCAAGUUGCAUGGCUGGUGGUGGAGAAACAAGAGCGGCUCACCAUCCCCAGCAGUUGUCCAGCAAGUUUUGCAGAGCUGAUGAGGAAGUGCUGGCAAGCCGAGCCAAAGGAGCGUCCACAGUUCAAACAGGUGCUGGUAACUUUGGAGACAAUGGCUAAUGACAGUAGACUACCUGACCAGUGCAACUCCUUUCUACAUAACAAGGACCAGUGGAGGUGUGAAAUCGAGUCGACCCUGGAGCGCCUUCGGAAGCUGGAGAGGGAGCUCUACUCCAAGGAGAAAGAGCUGGAGGAGCGAGAGAGGCGGCUGCGGCUUUGGGAGGAAAGGCUGAUGGAGCGCUCCAACAUGACCCCCAGCCCCACCUCCUUACUCAUGGAUCGCUCCAACAUGUCGCCGUUCUUCACCCCAAUGUCCAUUGGCUCCACUGGUUCCUUCUUCCGCUCGCAUUCUCAAGACUCCAACAGCACGGGCGUCAGCAGCGCGGGUGUCAGCAGUGCGGGCGUCAGCAGCCUCCUCCGCACGCUCAGCAAUGGCGACAGCGAGCGGGGGUGCGGAGGUCCAGUUCUGGAGCGGGGAAUGGGCUCUCUGGACAGCGGAAGGCUGCACGUCAUGCUCCAAGGCUUGCAGGGGCGCUUCGGAGAAGAGGACGAGGACGAGGGUGGCACCCUGGAGGAGAAGGGGUGGGGCCAACGGGAUGAAGGGGGGAGCACCGAGGGAGGGCGAGUGCAGGUGACGCUCCGGAGCUUUCCGGGGGGUAGGUUAGAGAGAGAGGAGAGAACCUGGGAGGAGGGGGACGCAAAGAGAGGGGGGAUGCAAAGGAGCAGGGUCACCACUGUUGUCCGGGGUUACUCGGGCGGAUUUGGCGAGGCGGAGGGCAGUUUGGGUGGCUUGGGGGACAUGCUGUCUUUGGACGGCAUGGGCGACAUGGACAUGAACAUGGGCGACGUGGGGCUGGUGAAGGUCAGGAGCGAGAUGGGGGUGAGAGGGCACUCGGGGGUGCAGGUUAGCAUGCGUUCCUCUUCCAAUCAGAACUCUGUCAAGAGCUGCAGUGUGCGGCACGGAUCUAACAUCAACAUGGCGACCGCCGCUAUGGACAUGAUGGAACUCGACUGGUCCGACAGUGAUUAA